AUGACACGAAAAUAUGGGAAAAAGCGUCCUGCUGCAAGCGCGGCAGCUGUGGCCAUUUUUGGAUCCACGACUCAAUCAGUUGCCCCAGUAAAGACAAAUACCACUACAACCUCCAAAUCUCAAUCUCCACAGAGAGAUCUUGCGGAAAUCACGAAUCUAUUAGAAAACACAACUCUCUUAGAAAGUACCGACGAGGUGACUGUUCUUCUUGAGAAGACAAGUCUAGAAAGUCGUGUCAACAGUCUUAACAACCCUCUUGACCUCGAAAAUAUUGGUCAAGACUCUUCUUCUAAAGAUUCCCCAAGUCUCUUAGACGAGACAACUGUGGACAGUACUAUCGAAACGAUCGUCAGCCUAGAGGAAACUUUAGCACCAAUUGAACCUAAAAUCGACGUCUCAAUUCCUCAUAUACCCGUUUCCGUCUCCCCUACGCCACUCCCUAUCAAUCCACGCCUCGCAGCCUCCCUCUCACCUCUUUUGACCGCCUACGAAAAAGACAGCGGCUACCCACUAGCUACUAAAAACUGGGACGAUGUUCUGGCACCCGGUUCGAGUAUCCAGAAAAUUGCCGAAGCGUCAUAUGCAGAAGUGUUUCGUAUAACAAACCCAGUCGGGUCCUCAAUUCUCAAGCUUCUACGCCUUAAGGUUCCUACAGAUCCCACGUCAAAGAAGUCAAAUACCGCAAUCAAGGUGGAAACUGUCGUAUCUGAGAUGCGUCUUAUGAACGCCCUUACAGAGAUCCCUGGAUUUGUAAAGUUCAAGGACGCGCACAUAGUAGAAGGCAAACCGCCGGCAGCGUUUGUAACAGCAUAUGAAGGCCACUUAGACGCUGGUGGGGAAUCGUAUUUUCCACACCCUAACAAGAUCUCCAAACACGCGGUUUUCUUAGCUAUUGAACUUGGCGAUGCGGGACAUGUUUUGGAGAAAUACCCAAUAAAAAAUGUCGAUCAGCUGUGGGACAUAUUCUUAGGUGUCGUCGUCGCUCUUGCAAGGGCAGAAAUAGAACAUGAAUUUGAACACCGCGAUCUUCACGAAAACAAUAUUUGUAUCCUCGAACGCACACCCCCACAGGCUGCUCCUAAACCGAAUUCAAAAUCACCCCACAAAUUUGGCAACUCAGGUCUCGAAAUAACAAUUCUUGACUAUGGCCUGUCCCGCGCCACCAUCUAUCCCGUCUGUUCCUCUUCAAAUCCUUCUCCAGCCCCCGAAACAGUUUUCUACAACCUUGAAUCCGACACUGCUGUAUUCUCCUCUUUUGAGCCCUCCACUAUUGCCGGAGUUCAAUUCGAUACCUACCGUCGAAUGCGUGCCUAUCUUUUUUCUGGCGGCGCCUCAAACACUAACGCCAACACACCUUCGAAAGCUAUACGAGAUGCUAUCAAACAAAAGAAACAUUCUUGGGAAGAAUACAUGCCAUAUAGCAAUGUGUUGUGGUUGUACUUUUUGAUGGAGUAUCUGACGGAAGUGGCGCCAAAGGGAGGCAGGGGAAAACCGGGAAGACAGGCAUGGGUGAGAGAGACAGAGGAGUUGAGGUGGCUUUUAGAUCCAGAUUGGGUACCUGGAAACGGUGCAAGUGAUGGAAAGGGAGAACAUGAAGGUGAGGGUGAAGAGGAAGAAUUAGGCUUAGGAUGUGCGGGAGAUGUAUUACAAUAUGCAUUUGAUAUGGGGUGGGUUUGUGAGGAAGAUUUAGGAGAUGCAGACACGAGUCGCUUAAGUCUACGAGAAGAUUCGUAUGUUGGAUUGGAAAAGAAGAAGAAACAUCCGUCACCUUUAAAAUAG